GUAAGUGAAUAAAUCCCCAUUGGAUGAAGAAAUAGUGUGAGGUAUAAGCAAUGGCGCAAGCUGACAUCAGGAAGGCAAACAUCCUGGCAUAUCUACACCUACGUGUUGUACGUAGAGUCCUUAGACGUCUUUUGGAUCAUGGCGUUACAAGAGAAAAACCUUCUUUGAGGAUUGAUCAUUAUUUAUUUCACCACAUGAGUAAAAUAAACCAACACCCGAUCGGUAUUCAAAACCAAAAUCACUUGUUUCCAGGCUUUGGUGUGAACGCAAACGUUGACGAUUGGCCGGUUUAUUUGUUUCCGUUUCUAAUAGAUAUAACUGGGCAAGGAUGGCUACAUGAGGACUUGCGCGAUUCAGUUCGCCAGAUAAGUCAAGCCAGAAUGGAACUGUAUUCAAAAAUUGUUAUAGGCAUAAGCAAAGAAUAUUUUGAACAACAGGUGAAGAUUGUACAAACUGCGGUUCAAAGAAUAUGCCAGUGCAUAUCAGACAUGCAAUUUACCGAUGAGAUAAAUGACGAAAUAAGGAAUGUCGAGGAAAUGAGGGAACCUCGUGAUAAUGCAGAUUUCGUCGAAGCGUAUAACAUAAAUCACCAUACUGAAAAAUCAUAUCGACAGAGAGUUAUGGAAUUUACAGAAAAUCAGCAGCGCCUUCACGACUUCAUUACGCAAAACGCUGGGAAUUACGAAGCACAAGACGAAGAACUCGAGGAUUUGAGUAUUCGCGACCAAGAUCAUACUCGUGACUUAGAACAAGCACAUCAACAGGGACACGAUAUUACAAGCCGAAGUUUACCACCACGAUCUGCAUCCGGCAAAUAUCCCAUAAAUAUGCCAGAAUUAACAGUCGAAAUAGACAUAUCAGGAUGUAACAGUGCGGAACUGCAUCAGGUAGCGGAUCGUAUUGUCAACUCUUUCAACAACAGAGGUGAACACAGCCUGGAUCCAGCAAACACAUGUAUCAAGAACACACUGGAUAAUACAUUUAUGUCAUAUGGAGGCAAGGCGUUAUUUGAUGAUUGUAUAGAGACAUGUACACCAGUUACAAUAAAUAGUUAUUAUAAUGUUAAAAUAAGCUUGUUAAGUUUUUAAAGUAAACGUGUAUAAGGUUUUUUGUUUCGGCGCUCCAGUUUUAAUCAAAAUGAUAUGUUAAUAUUUAUAAACAUGUGUGUUUUGCAAUUAAUUUUUGGUACGGAUAUAGUUCAUCAUGCCGUUCAACCGGUGUAGACAUGCCAAUAGUGUGUCCUGACCUAUCAAAUGCGGUGAACAUUCAUAAUUAUAGUUGUACUGGUGUAUUGCAUUUAUUAUCCUUUAUAGUAAAGAAAACGGUAACUUACCGUUAAUAAACGACUAGCGCAGGGAAACUAUUUUGCUUGCCUAUAAUUAGACUGGAGACUGAGUAUAUUGU